AUGGAACGCUCUAUACCCGACUUGGAGCGCACCAUUUACUCGCCUUGGAGCGCUCUAUACCCGCCUUGGAGCACUCCAUCUAUCCGCCUUGAAGCGCUCCAUUUAUCCGCCUUGGAGCACUCUAUACCCUCCUUGGAGCGCUCCAUUUACCCGCCUUGGAGCGCUCGCUCUACCCACCAUGGAACGCUCUAUACCCUCCUUGGAGCGCUCCAUUUACCCGCCUUGGAGCGCUUGCUCUACCCACCAUGGAACGCUCUAUACCCGCCUUGGAGCACUCUAUCUACCCGCCUUGGAGCGCUCUAUACCCGCCUUGGAGCACUCCAUCUACCUGCCUUGGAGGGCUCCAUCUACCCGCCUUGGAGGGCUCCAUCUACCCGCCUUGGAGCACCCCAUCUACCCGCCUUGGAGGGCUCCAUCUACCCGCCUUGGAGUGCUCUAUCUGCCUGCCUUGGAGCGCUCUCCCCAUUCACCGCAGAGCUUCCUACUUCCCCUGUCGAUAGUUCCCAUGCGGCAUCCUCGGAGCUCGCCUCUACAUCAUCACGGCCCUGUCCUCAGCCUCAGCCUCAGCCUCAGCCGUCCUAA